AAUGCAAAACCGUGUGUAGUUCAUCUGCUCUAAUGCUCUAUUUUUGAACACCUAUUUCUACACUUAAAAUAACCAACGGCAUAUGUUUUUAUAUCAUCACAAACAUCUGUGGCAUCUCCUCCAGUGUCAUGGAGAAGAAAAUCCAUUAUGAUUCAUUUCUGGAUCGAAGUAAACGCAUCAUGUGGCAGGACGACUGUUAUGUGGAUCUCCAGUCCUCCAGCUCCUCCCAAGCAUCUCAGUUGGACACAGAAGAUAGUGGCUGGAUCCAGCAGCACCAGGAGCAGCUCUGUCGCUUCAUCACUAGCUCUUUCCUGGAGCAGAUCCUGAGCCACUUGAAGAGGAUGAAUGUGCUGAGUUCAUGUGAGGAGUCCAGGAUACACAGAGCGGGCCAGCUGCAUGAUCAGGUGACCAUGCUGACAGCAGUUAUCUCAGGGAAGGACUCUCCUGCGUGCAACGUGUUACGUGACUUUGUGCAGAAGUCCCACUCACAGGAGGCACAGCUCAUCAUCAGUUACGAUUUCCUGGUGCAGGAGCAUAAAGCAGUGCUGCUGAGGCGUUGUGAUGAACUCAGAGACAAAGUGAACUUGUGGUCCCAGUCCCUGCUGCUGGUGGAGGGGCUGUCUGACCUGCAGCAGAAGGAGCAUGACCUAAUGCAGGUGCAGGUCACAUGGGGAGCUCAGAGGAGUCCUGUGAGAGAGCUGAAUCUCACAGCCCUCCUGGAGCCCCUGUCCCGGGCCAGCAUGCCCCCCCGAGUGUCACUCACAGUCGGGGUGGCUGGAGUCGGAAAGUCCACCUGGGUCAGGCAUUUGGUUAAACUGUGGAGCCAAGGAGCUGUUUGUCCUGAAAUAAGCUUUAUGUUUCCUCUUAGCUUCUGUGAGCUGAACUCCCUGGAGAAGUUGUCUGCUGAGAGGCUGCUAAAGCUGGCCUUCCCUCACUUGUCUGACCCCAGUCUAGUGCUGAGCAGUCACUGCAGGACUCUGCUCAUCCUGGACGGCCUGGACCACUUCAGAGGCACAUUGAAUUUCUCAGAGGCUACUCCUUGCAAUGACCCAAAGAAAGAGGUGUCUGUGGAGGAGCUAAUCACAAACAUCAUCCGGGGAAACCUGCUUCCUCACAUGGCAGUGUGGGUGACUUCCAGACCUGGAGCGGCCUCGCUAAUCCCAGGAGGAUUAAUUGACCGAGUAUCUGAAAUCCCAGGUUUUAGUCAAAAGGACAUUAAGACAUUUUUAAACCACUUCUUCUCUGAAAAUGACUAUAACAAUAUGAUCUGGGCCCACUUAGAAGACCAUAAGACUCUCAUGGCCCUGUGCUACAUACCAGCCAUUUCCUGGAUAAUGGCUGAUACGCUAAAGUUUAUCAUACAGAGUGACUGUCACUCACAUUUGCCUAGGACUUGUACAGAGCUAUUUGCCCAUUUUUGCCUGAUGAAGGCAGAAGCAGGAGAACCACGAGGCAGAGAGCCUGUGAAAACCGAGCUGCUCCAUGGCACUAACCGUAAACUGCUGUGGAGUCUGGGGCGGCUGGCCUUUUACGCCCUCCUCAGACACAAGGACACAUUUAACGAGCAGGACCUUCGUGCCUAUGGAAUAGACCAGGCUUUACUGCAAUGCAGUCUGGGGACAGGAGUCCUUAUGCGUGAGGAGUCACUCAUCUCCACUGUGUACCGCUUCACUCAUUUAAGCAUACAUGAAUUUUUUGCCGCUAUCUUCUACUAUGUUUCCUCCAAGCGAGCAAUCUUUGACCUGUUCUCUGAAAGCACUGUGUCAUGGCCAAAGAUUGGCUUUCAGAAUCACUUUAAAAAUGCUUUCCAGUACUCUCAGCAGGCAGUUAGUGGUCACUUUGAUGUGUUUGUGCGCUUUCUCUCUGGCCUCCUCAACCCUCAGGUUUUCAAACCACUCUCUGCUCUUGUGACACUUUGGAAAGACGAUGGCAGUCAGAAGGCCUGGGCAGCGGGCUUUUUACAUAGUCUGUUGUCCAGUGGUGGGCUUGUGGUGUCCCUGCGCUCAGUGAACCUGGUCUAUUGCCUCCAUGAGCUACAGCACCUGGAACUGCUGCGGAGUGUGGAGGAGGACUUGCGCCUGGGCAGCCUGUCACGGAAGAUGUCUCGGGCCCAGUGUGUGGUGCUGAGCUACCUGCUGCAGGUGUCUCCAGAGUGCAGCCAACAGACCAAUCUGACCAACUGUCUUAACUACAACACUGUCCAGUGCUUGCUCCCUCAGCUUCUCUACUGCAGCCAUCUACGAUUAGAGAAUAAUCAGUUUAAAGAUGAUGUUAUGGAACUUCUGGGCAGCCUCCUAAGUGCUAAAGACUGUCACAUAAGGAAAAUGAGCUUAGCCGAUAACUCCAUCAGCAAGAAAGGAGCCAAGUCUCUUAGUCGCGCUCUUAUGGUCAAUCGCACUUUAACGUCUCUCAAUCUAAGAAGCAAUCACAUUGGCUCUAAAGGUGUGAAGUUGCUGGCUGAAGCACUGAAAAUGAACCAAUCCCUGGUGUCGGUUAACCUCCAGAAUAAUGGAAUAGAUGAAGAGGGGGCUCAGGCAGCUGCUGAAGUAUUGAAGUGCAAUCGCAAACUGGUCUCUCUAAAUCUGCGCAAGAACAUGAUUGGAGCAGACGGGGUUAAAAAGAUCGCUGAGGCACUGAAGACAAACCGGACCCUUAAAAAACUAGUUCUUUGUAGUAAUCAUCUUGGUGAUAAAGGAACAGUAGCUCUGGCAGGGGCAUUGACAACUAACCACACACUGCUCUGUUUACAACUUCAAAGCAAUUCAAUAAGCAACAAAGGGAUGACUGCUUUAACUGAAGCACUGAGACUGAACCAUGGCCUUGUAACCUUAAAUUUAAGGGAGAACUCGAUCGGUGUGGAGGGAGCUAAGGACAUGGCUCAGGCUCUGUAUAAGAACAGCACACUGCAGGAGCUUGACCUCACUGCAAACCUGUUACAUGAUGAAGGAGUUCAAGCUAUAGCUGGUGCAAUCAAGUCCAAUCAGUCUCUCAUAUCUUUGCAUCUUCAGUGGAAUUUUGUAAAAUCUCCUGCAACCAAGGCCCUGGCUCAGGCUCUGCUCUGCAACACCACAAUGCAGCUUUUAGAUCUACAAGAAAACGCUAUUGGAAACGAAGGUAUUGUGUCUCUUGCUGAAGCCCUCAAAAGUAAUACAAGUCUUCAAACAUUAUGUCUCCAGGGAGUGUCUGCAGGCACAUCAGGGGCUAUUGCACUGGCAGAGUCACUAACAACCAACCAGACGCUUAUAACACUGGACCUACGUGGGAACACUGUUGGCGUAGAAGGAGCAAAGGCAUUAGCUAAUGCUUUGAAAAUCAAUAGGAGUCUCAAGUCUUUGAAUCUCCAAGAAAACUCUCUGGGUAUGGAUGGAGCCAUAUUUAUUGCAACAGCAUUGAAAGGAAACCACCAAUUGUCAUAUAUCAACCUGCAGGGGAAUGGUGUUGGAGAGUCUGGAGCCAAGGUUAUUUCGGAUGCAAUUAGGUCCAGUGCUCCAGGAUGUAUUGUCGACAUCUAGAAAAAGAGCAGCCAUUUCAGACAAAAAUCAUGUAACAGAAAUAACUGUAGAUGCAUUUAGCUGCUGCCAUUUGACAUUGAUUUGUAUCGUAUUUAGUUUGAUUUUAUUGACUAUGUAUCGAGAGACAUAUUUCAAUAUUUUACAAAGCCUACAAAGCCUUUAUAGGCACUUGUGAUGAGUGGUCUCCAUAAUGUGCUCCACGUCUUUGCUGUGGCAUCAGAAUAAGUAUUAGUUUUAUUGUCAGUGAGCAAAAUUCACAAGCAAAGGUUAAUAUGGACAGAACAGAAGGGCACAGUGCAGAGGUUCUGUUCCAAAUGGACCGUAGCCUGUCUGAGGGGAAUGGCUCAAAUAGUCAUUGACCAGGGUGAGAAGGGGUAACUGUGAUUUAACCUGCUCACCCCCAAAGCCUGGAGACGUACAGGUCUUGGAGAGAUGACAGGCUGCAGCUAAUGACCUUCUCAGCAGAGCUCAUAAUGCAGUGCAGUCUGAUGAAUAGUAAUUUGAUAAAACCAAAUGUAUUGUUGAUUAUUGAAGUGGUGUAAUAUAUGCAUGUGGGGAUUUUCAACAUGUGUCCAUGGAGCCUUAUUCAAACUGUACUUUUUAUCCACCUUCCCAAGACUCACAAUAAAUUUUUUUUAUUUCAUUAGAUGCAAAUAGAACCCAUAUUUCAAUGUUUGAAUGCAAGGUAUUUGCUACAACCAUUCAUAGAUUUUUUUUUACAGAAUAUAAAACUGUUAAAGAUAUUACAGCUCCAAUGCAGCAGCUGUUGUAGCAAAUGGUCAGCAAAUUAAAUAAUUAUGGAGGAGGCUACAAGAAGCCUUCUUAUGGAAGUGCCGAUCAGGGUAAUAUGCAAUUAAAGGGUUUUGUGAAUGAAGAAGAUAACCUCAGAGGUCCAACCAUGACUAAUUACUUUCUCAAAGAGACUGCUGUCAAAGGAAAUGAAAAAGGGGAAAAAAAGACCUGAGCUAAACAGUGGGAGACCUCCAUCAGCUCAAAAUAGUACAUUUUAUUGCAAGGCCCUGAUGGUUGGGCUUGUGUGGUACCUGGAGACAGCUAGUGAAACUAGUAGUAGUAGUAUGUAUGUAUUGUAGUAUGUUAUAAUUCAACAAAUCAAGGAAUUUUUAUUGUGCACAUUCAAAUUCUGAUAAUGAUUUUAUGAUUUGGACUGAUAUAGGGCCAUGUACAGAAAUAUAAAUGAUUCAAUUGACA